GGUAGCAAUGUUGAGUGUCGAGUAGCGUCGCGCGGAGGCGCGCCUGGAUCCUGCUCUCUGCGCGCCGCAGUCCCAGAGCUCCCGCUGUCUCUGUACUGCCCCCCAGUAGCAGAGCUCUCGCUGACAGCACGCCGCGGUCCUCGGACCGCCAGCCUGCCGGGCUCCCCGCUCGCGGCGGGUAGUCGCCGAGACGAGUAGGUCUCGGUUCGAGGUCCGGUACUAAAUCGCAACCGAGUAUAAUUGUCAUACUUAGAAAUGCAUCAUUCGUGCGUUCUAGCACUCGCACUAUGUGGUCUGCCGGACACAAGAUCCAAGCCGCAGGAGAAUUAUGAUUUCGGCCAGUUGUCCACACAGUCCACAACGACGAAGGUGUUCUACGCGCCGGACCCGGGCCUGGACCCGUACUGGGUGGGCGGCGAGUGGGUGUUCGCCUCCACCACCAACACGCCGCCCGAGUCCACGCUCUCCGAGGUGGUGCCGGUGGACGCCAACUCGCGCAUCCUCGUCUGCGGCCGCGUCUGCCCCUGGACCUACAAGAAGCAGCAGGGCAAGGUGUGCGUGCACCGGCUGGACAAUGCGUACGACCCGCACUACACGGCGUUCGACGAGAACUACCAGAAGGUGCAGGGGCUCAUCGACUGGCGGCUCGGCGGGCUGCUCGACCGCAACCACGACUACCUGCGCACCUUCCCCUCGCUCUGCCACUUCCUCGACGCGCAGUGCCGCGAGCAGGUGGCGCACGGGAGCGCGUACGCGUUCCUGCACAUGGGCGAGUGCCUGCAAGACGCGGACGCCUUCCCGAACCUGAUGGGCGGCAAGUUCGUGGUGGACCGCAAGCGCAAGCACGUCCAGCGCUACAACGACGACGUCGACACGCCAGGUAAACUACCCACCGAGUUACGGUUUGUAAUUAUCAUUAUUCUGGGCUCGAAAGAUAUAUUUUCGAAAAAAAGAAUACUUACCAAUUAAAAGUGGCAACACUUACUGUCGUCCCUUUCGAAUAGUCAUGUGAGAAAACGGGACGACACUACAAUGUUGCCACUUACAAAUAGUGCGAACAGGACGGCCUGAUGUUUUAUCGCUUAUCGCGCGACCAUGCUAUCGGUGCAGGUAAGUGAUCGUCGGAAUGUGAGUUGUAAAGUUACGUUACGAGCAAACAUUUAGUAAAUACCUACUCGUACAAUACUUAUUCAAUAUCGUCACCAGUUACGUCACAGUUGUGAAUACCUAAUAUAAUAGCAAACUAGUUAAGAUCGUGUAUCUUUAUGUUUAUACAUUAUAUACCUGUUCCUGUUACUACCUGUAAUAACUAAUUAAGAGGAAGUGUAGUGUGAUUGUAAGUUAAUAUAAGUACUAAGUGAACUCUAGAAAUAUAAGUUACUACUAGAACAACUCUUGUGAUUUACAUUAGUAUGGGAACGGCGCGCUAGCGUCGUGUCGGCGCGGCGGCUGGCUCAUAUAACUCGCGGGUGGAUGCUGAUACGCGUCAUCCCUCAUGCGUUGUGCAAUAACAUGUCAACUCAAACACGUAACGAUUCAAGUUGACAGUGUAUUGCAGAAUGCACGAGGGAGUUGUGGAAUAGCAGAUUAUUGCGUCGCGUAUGCAGCUGUCAGCUCGCUCCUCCAGUCGAGGUGACGUACUAGAUUGUUUCUUCCUCUCAAAACUUUAGACGAGCACAAUAAUACAUCAUUAAUUAAAACAUUCAUCUGUGUUAAAAAAUAAUUACCUGAGAUUAACAAAGUGGAAGAAACGGUCGAGCACGUUUUGUGCGGAGGAAUGACCACUCCUGUUGCCUCUUAAUAUCAUAGUCAAUAGUUCAAUAC